AUGGCUACUUUUCUUUCCUCGUGGAAUAUUUUGCGGCUCUCCAGGCACACACCUGAAGCGGGGAUGCAAGGAGGGGGUUCUGGAUUUGAAGCUUCUUCCACUAUAGAUAUUCCGAGAGAUGGAUGGAUUCUUGUGUCUGCGACGGGCGUGCAGAGUCAGGGGAUUGAUGUUUGUCACCUGUCAGACGACUGCGUGUCUCCGCCUGAUCCAAUCGUGACCCGUCCGAUCCGGCUUCCAGAUCGGGGUAUAUCACGUGCAUGGCCUGCUGACGUCGACCCGAUUCUACAAGGUAUCCAUGGAGCAAGACUAGGAACCCCAAGGGUUGAUCUUCGUGCCAUACCUCCUAUUUACAGUAUACUGCUCCCCGAGCGCUUCACUUUUCCUGAACACAGACUCGCGUGUCCACGACCGCCUCUUGCCGAAUCCCUAAGAAUCCAGCCACGUUCCAGCAGCUUGAUUGGGAUCAUCUCACACUAUAUUGCACUACCACUUGCUUCAACCUCCGUCAGGAAGAAGCCACAGAACGGUUGCAUUCCAUACUGGACUAGCUUGUGUACCACGGCCUUUCCAAACCCUUGGAUCUAUCUAUCCACGUCUAAUCAGUUUAUAUACUACUAG